GUUUGGCGAGACAUAUCCUUCUGCAAUCAAACAGCAAAGAUCUAACAUCGUUUCGCUCAGCAUAAUUUCCAUAUUUUACAGACACAAAAAAAGGAACAGAAGGAACUAAUAUCCAGAGGCCAUAGGCAUAUGCUGGUAGCCCCAUUAUCUCCUUUUCUUUAGGUGGUCAAGCAUAACCAAAUAUGGAAGGCACCCCGGUUGAAAUUUUCAAAGAAGACAAGUGCCUCACGGCGCUCGUCGAAGACUGUUAUAUGAAUGCUACUUCGCAGUCUGCAUACCCAGAAGGUCACAAUCUGACUUUUGACUCUGACUGGGAAGAGGAUCCCAUGUCCCCAAUCAUCCCCAUCAUCACAGCUGUGUACUCCGUGGUGUUCGUGGUGGGCCUGGUGGGCAACUGCCUCGUCAUGUACGUUAUCAUCAGGUAUACAAAGAUGAAGACAGCCACCAACAUUUACAUCUUUAACCUGGCUCUGGCCGACGCCCUGGUCACCACGACGAUGCCUUUCCAGAGUACUGACUACCUGUUGAACUCGUGGCCGUUUGGCGAGGUGGUGUGUAAGGUGUUCAUCUCCAUCGACUACUACAACAUGUUUACCAGCAUCUUCACCCUGACCAUGAUGAGUGUGGACCGCUAUGUCGCCGUCUGCCACCCGGUCAAGGCCCUGGACUUCCGGACACCGAUCAAAGCCAAGAUCAUCAACAUAUGUAUCUGGAUGCUGUCCUCUGCAGCAGGGGUACCAGCACUGUUACUGGGUGGCACCCAGUCCAACAAUGGAACCACGGAGUGUGCCUUGCAGUUCCCGGAACCGUACGUGUACUGGGACACCUUGAUGAAGGUCUGUGUGUUUGUGUUUGCCUUCGUGGUGCCCGUGCUCAUCAUCACCGUGUGUUACACCCUCAUGGUGCUGCGACUCAAGAGCGUGCGUCUCCUCUCGGGCUCCCGGGAAAAGGACCGGCAGCUGCGGCGCAUCACCCGCCUGGUCAUGGUGGUGGUCGUGGUGUUCGUAGUGUGCUGGACGCCCAUCCACAUCUUCAUCCUGGUCAAGGCGCUGGUGAGCGUGCCCGAGACCACCGCCGUCAUGGCCGCCUACUUCUUCUGCGUGGCGCUGGGCUACACCAACAGCAGCCUCAACCCCGUCCUCUAUGCCUUCCUGGAUGAGAACUUCAAGAGGUGCUUCAAGGACUUCUGCCUGCCUAAAAAGCUGAAGGGGGACAAUGCCUCAGGGAAGAACAACAGGAGCACCGUGAGGGGAGGAAGGGAGGCCCCACUUCCACUGGAGAACCCAGAUGGGACUAGAAAGCCGGCAUGACUAGCCAUGGAGAUGUCUUCCAUUUCCCGCGUUGGAAAGGAAGACUCCAAUGAUCUGGGCCUAACCCAGGUGACAUCAGGAAUGUAAGCACACACAACAAUGCUAAUUUAGAUGACUGGUGUUUGUUCCAUUUGUUUUACUGUUAGGCCCAAAUCAAUGGUCUGAUUCCUCACACUUAGAAAAGGAUAAAUCAUUAUUCUUUGAUGUCAAAUUUAUUUGCACACAUCAAGAGGGGGAAAAAAACAUGCCACAUGCCAACUAUAGUGAAUGAUAAGAACCUAUAUUAUCUCAGUUUUACUGUGUUCCUUCAUAGUUACUUGUUAUGCUGACUCUGCAUCUGCACAGUUCUAAUUGGAUUGCAAGAUGCAACAUCCUCCUUCUAGCCUCUGCCAUUCAAUGAAAUAGUUAUCCUUGACAAAACAUCAAUAAUGAUUGGGGAAGCGCUUUAAAGGGGCAACCUGGGAUAGGCACAUCCAUCUAUUUUUGCCAUAUCUGUCUCUACCAACCAAUGUGUAUGUGGUGCAGAGAUCUAUUACCUCCUUUGGGAGUGGGGCACCCUUAUGGGUGGCAGGUAGAACAAGGCAGUUAACCCACUGUUCCUAGGCCGUCAUUGAAAAUAAGAAAAAAAAAUGGCAUGAUAACACAAAAACCGUAGUAUUUUUCAAGUCCAAGUUCAAGUUUCCGGAGACACCUGAAACCCCACCUCUUUCAGGAAUACCUAGGAUAGGAUAAAGUAAUCCUUCUCACCCCCCCCUUAAAAGAUUUAGAUGCACUAUUGUAAAGUGGCUGUUCCACUGGAUGUCUUAAGGUGAACGCACCAAUUUGUAAGUCGCUCUGGAUAAGAGCGUCUGCUAAAUGACUUAAAUGUAAAUGUAAAUGUAAGUCAAAACCAAUUUGAUUUGUCACAUGCGCCAAAUACAACAGGUGUAUGCAGACCUUACAGUGAAAUGCUUAUGUACAAGCCCUUAAUCAAGAAAAUACCUAAAAAAAAAGUAAGAGAUAAACAAAUAUUUAAAGAGCAGCAGUAAAUAACAAUAGUGGGACUAUAUACAGGGGGUACCGGUACAGAGUCAAUGUGCGGGGGCACCGGUGUCGAAGUAAUAUGUACAUGUAGGUAGAGUUAUUAAGGUAACUAUGCAUAGAUAAUAACAGAGAGUAGCAGCAGUGUAGAGGGGGAGGGGGGGCAAUGCAAAUAGUCUGGGUAGCUGGUCAGGAUGGCUUGGGGGUAGAAGCUGUUUAGAAGCCUCUUGGACCUAGAAUUGGCGCUCCGGUACCGCUUGCCGUGCGGUAGCAGAGAGAACGGUCUAUGACUAGGGUGGCUGGAGUCUUUGACCAUUUUUAGGGCCUUCCUCUGACAGCGCCUGGUAUAGAGGUCCUAUCUAUUUAUAUUUUUGGGGCUAGGGAAAGCUUGUAUUCUAUGGAGAUGAAACACAGGCCUUGGCAUGGUGGUCUGCAGGAUGGGAGCUACUAAAGAGCUGCUGGAAAGGAGUCAGUCAGAAUAUCCUUUAUACAUGUUGAUGAAAUCCUCAGGGACAUAGAAAGUAUUGGGUGUUAGACAUUUUGCCUUGUAAUAUACUCCCUGGCCAGUUUAUUAGGUACAUCACCAUGUUCAUAGAAAUGGAUCGCUCCUACAGACAGUGAGCCACGUGGCCAUGGCUUGCUAUAUAAAGCAGGCAGACAGGCAUCAAGGCAUUCAGUUACUAAUCGAUUGAACGUUAGAAUGGGCAAAACAAGUGACCUAAGCAACUUUGAGCGUGGUAUGAUCGUCGGUGCCAGGCGCUCCAGAUCCAGUAUUUCAGAAACGGCUGCCCUCACGCACGACAGUGUCUUGGAGAAUAGUGCGACAAACAAAAAACAUCCAGUCGGCGGCAGUCCUGCGGUUGAUAACAGCUCGUUCAUGAGAGAGGUCGAAGGCAAAUGGCAAGAAUUGUCUAAGCUGACAGGCGGGAGCCAUAAACAGACAAAUAACGGUGCAGUACAACAGUGGUGUGCAGAACUCGUCGAUCUUUGUCACGGAGGGGCUGUUGCUAUCACGUUUGCAGUAGACGGCCACACUGGGUUUCACUCCUAUCAGCUAAAAACAAGAAGGGUCUCCAGUGGGAACAUGAUCACCAACACUGGACAAUUGAGGAGUGGAAAAACAUUGCCUGAUCCGAUGAAUCUCAGUUCCUGUUGCGUCAUAGUGAUGGCAGCCAGGAUUUGGCGUAAGCAGCAUGAGCCCAUUCUGCCUGGUGUCAACGAUACAGGCUGGUAACGGUGGUGUAAUGGUGUGGGGAAUGUUUUCCUGGCACACGUUAUGUCCCUUGAUUCCAAUUAAGAAACGCUUGAACGCCACAACGUAUCUGAACAUUGUUGCUGACCAAACCCAAUAGAGUAUCUUUGGGAUGAGAUGGAACGGGCUGUUCGAAGCAUGAUUGUACCUCCAUCCAAACUGCAGCAACUGCGUGAUGCCACUGCAUCAGCAUGGACCAACAUCCCUGUGGAACAUUUCCAACACCUUGUAGAAUCCAUGGCCCGAAUAAUUCAGGCUGUUCUGUUGGCAAAGGGGGGUCCGACCUGGUACUAGAUGUGUCUACCUAAUAAACUGGCCGGUGAGUGUAGCUGCUGAUGAAAAUUCACUACAAAAAAUGUGUUAUGCUUAGAGUUUUAUUUGCUAUAUUCUAUGAAUGAAUGUAGUUGACUACUUAUUUACAUAUCUUAUUGACUUUAUUUUUUUGGUCCAUUUUUGUUUUUAAUGUAUCUAUUUAUCUUACUGUAUUUAUCUGGUAUGCAUCCCAAAUAGCACCCUAUUCCUUAUAUAUUGCAUAUGUAAUCCAUGGACCCUGGUCAAAAGUAGUGCACUAUAUGGGGAAGAGGGUGGCACUUUUUUUUGUGAUGCAAGUUUGUCAUUCUGUAUGUUUCCGGGCCGUAUGUUUUGCCGAAGCAGCAGCAAUUCUUCCUGGGUUCCACACAAAAACAUAAAACACGACAAGUAACAAAAGCACUGAAACACUGAUAGACAAUAACAGUCACACAAAUGUAAAAUAUGAUAUACAACAA